AUGGCAACACCGCUACCACGGCAACACGCUACACGGCAACACGCUACACGGCAACACGCUACACGGCAACACCGCUACCACGGCAACACGCUACACGGCAACACGCUACACGGCAACACCGCUACCACGGCAACACGCUACACGGCAACACGCUACCACGGCAACACCGCUACACUGCAACACCGCUACACUGCAACACGCUACCACGGCAACACCGCUACACUGCAACACCGCUACCACGGCAACACCGCUACACAGCCAUGGGAGCUGAACAGGAACCGCCUCCGUCAGGUGGAGGGUCUGACGUUUCAGGGUCUGUCGAGUCUGGAGGUCCUGAAGCUCCAGAGGAACAGCAUCAGCAAACUCACCGACGGAGCCUUCUACGACCUGGCCAAGAUGAAAGUCCUGCACCUGGACUACAACAGCCUGACGGAGGUGAACAGCGGCUCUCUCUACGGCCUGACUUCGCUUCAGCAGCUCUUCCUCAGUAACAACGCCAUCGCUCGCAUCGUUCAGGACGGAUGGAAGUUCUGCAACAAACUGCGGGAGCUGAAUUUGUCCUACAAUAACUUGACUCGUCUGGAGGAGAGCAGCCUCGCCGUGCUGGGGGAGCUCCACACUCUGCGCUUGGGCCAUAACUCCAUCAGUCACAUCGCAGAAGGAGCCUUCAGGGGCCUCAGGGCCGUGCGGCUCCUGGAGUUGGACCAUAACGACAUCGCAGGCACAAUAGAGGACACCAACGGGGCCUUCUCUGGACUGGACAGCCUCAACAAGCUGACUCUGUUUGGAAACAAGAUCAAGUCGGUGGCCAAGAAAGCCUUCUUAGGUCUGGAAACACUAGAACACCUAAAUCUGGGAGAAAAUGCGAUUCGAUCGAUUCAGCCCGACUCGUUCAGCAGAAUGAGAAGCCUGAAGACCCUCUCCAUCCAGAGUGAGAGUCUGCUCUGUGACUGUCAGCUGCACUGGCUGCCCACCUGGCUCUCCUCCCGGAACCUUCACACCGGAGUCAACGCCACCUUUCCCUUUCAUUUACAUUGUGUUGUAAAUGCUCCACCCGCCUCGCUCCCCCCGCCUCGCUACACCCGCCUCGCUCCACCCGCCUCGCUCCACCCGCCUCGCUCCACCCGCCUCGCUCCCCCCGCCUCGCUCCCCCCGCCUCGCUCCCCCCGCCUCGCUACACCCGCCUCGCUCCACCCGCCUCGCUCCCCCGCCUCGCUCCACCCGCCUCGCUCCACCCGCCUCGCUCCCCCCCCUCGCUCCCCCCGCCUCGCUCCCCCCGCCUCGCUCCACCCCGCCUCGCUCCACCCGCCUCGCUCCACCCGCCUCGCUCCACCCGCCUCGCUCCCCCCGCCUCGCUCCCCCCGCCUCGCUCCCCCCGCCUCGCUCCCCCCGCCUCGCUCCACCCCCUCGCUCCACCCGCCUCGCUCCACCCGCCUCGCUCCCCCCGCCUCGCUCCCCCCCCUCGCUACACCCCGCCUCGCUCCACCCGCCUCGCUCCCCCCGCCUCGCUCCCCCCCGCCUCGCUCCACCCGCCUCGCUCCACCCGCCUCGCUCCCCCCGCCUCGCUCCCCCCCGCCUCGCUCCCCCCGCCUCGCUCCCCCCCUCGCUACACCCGCCUCGCUCCACCCGCCUCGCUCCACCCGCCUCGCUCCACCCGCCUCGCUCCACCCGCCUCGCUCCCCCCGCCUCGCUCCCCCCGCCUCGCUCCCCCCGCCUCGCUACACCCGCCUCGCUCCACCCGCCUCGCGCCACCCGCCUCGCUCCCCCCGCCUCGCUCCCCCCGCCUCGCUCCCCCCGCCUCGCUCCCCCCGCCUCGCUCCCCCCGCCUCGCUCCCCCCCUCGCUCCACCCGCCUCGCUCCACCCGCCUCGCUCCACCCGCCUCGCUCCACCCGCCUCGCUCCCCCCGCCUCGCUCCCCCCGCCUCGCUCCCCCCCUCGCUCCCCCGCCUCGCUCCACCCGCCUCGCUCCCGCCUCGCUCCACCCGCCUCGCUCCACCCGCCUCGCUCCACCCGCCUCGCUCCCCCCUCGCCCCCGCCUCGCUCCCCCCGCCUCGCUCCCCCCCCUCGCUCCACCCGCCUCGCUACACCCGCCUCGCUCCCCCCGCCUGCCCCCCCCCCGCCUCGCUCCACCCCCCUCGCUCCACCCGCCUCGCUCCCCCCGCCUCGCUCCCCCCGCCUCGCUCCACCCGCCUCGCUACACCCGCCUCGCUCCCCCCCCGCCCCCCGCUCCCCCCCGCCUCGCUCGCCCCCGCCUCGCUCCACCCGCCUCGCUCCACCCGCCUCGCUCCACCCGCCUCGCUCCACCCGCCUCGCUCCCCCCCGCCUCGCUCCCCCCCCUCGCUACACCCGCCUCGCUCCACCCGCCUCGCUCCCCCCGCCUCGCUCCACCCGCCUCGCUCCACCCGCCUCGCUCCACCCGCCUCGCUCCACCCGCCUCGCUCCACCCGCCUCGCUCCACCCGCCUCGCUACACCCGCCUCGCUCCACCCGCCUCGCUACACCCGCCUCGCUCCACCCGCCUCGCUCCACCCGCCUCGCUCCACCCGCCUCGCUCCACCCGCCUCGCUCCACCCGCCUCGCUCCACCCGCCUCGCUCCCCCCGCCUCGCUCCACCCGCCUCGCUCCCCCCGCCUCGCUCCACCCGCCUCGCUCCACCCGCCUCGCUACACCCGCCUCGCUACACCCGCCUCGCUCCACCCGCCUCGCUCCACCCGCCUCGCUACACCCGCCUCGCUACACCCGCCUCGCUCCACCCGCCUCGCUCCCCCCGCCUCGCUACACCCCGCCCGCCUCGCUCCCCCCGCCUCGCUACACCCGCCUCGCUCCCCCCGCCUCGCUCCACCCGCCUCGCUCCGCCCGCCUCGCUCCGCCCGCCUCGCUCCACCCGCCUCACUACACCCGCCUCGCUCCGCCCGCCUCGCUCCACCCCGCUUCGCUCUACCCGCCUCGCUCCACCCGCCUCGCUCCACCCGCCUCGCUCCACCCGCCUUGCUCCACCCGCCUCGCUACACCCGCCUCGCUCCGCCCGCCUCGCUCCACCCGCCUCGCUCUACCCGUCUCGCUCCACCCGCCUCGCUCCGCCCGCCUCGCUCCACCCGCCUCGCUACACCCGCCUCGCUCCGCCCGCCUCGCUCCACCCGCCUCGCUCCACCCGCCUCGCUACACCCGCCUUGCUCCACCCGCCUCGCUACACCCGCCUUGCUCCACCUCACUCCGCCCGCCUCGCUCCACCCGCCUCGCUCCGCCCGCCUCGCUCCGCCCGCCUCGCUCCGCCCGCCUCGCUCCACCCGCCUCGCUACACCCGCCUUGCUCCACCUCGCUACACCCACCUCGCUACACCCGCCUUGCUCCACCUCGCUCCACCCACCUCGCUCCACCCGCCUCGCUCCGCCCGCCUCGCUCCACCCGCCUUCCUCCAACUCUAAUGACUCUAAUCUCUAAACUCACACCCCAGAUCACGGUCCAACCCGAGACCACGGUGACGGUCUUGGGCAGCGACGUGCGCCUCACGUGCACAGCAGCCAGCAGCAGCUCUUCUCCCAUGACCUUUUCUUGGCGUAAAGACCAGGAGCUCCUUCGACACGCAGAGACCGAGAACUUUGCCCAUGUCCGUGCGGCGGACGCUGUGGCGGGACCGAGCGGCGGCGGCGGCGUGAUGGAGUACACCACCAUCCUGCACCUCAGGCGUGUCAUGUUUUCCCACGAGGGUCGUUACCAAUGCAUCAUCACCAACCAUUUUGGAUCCACCUACUCCACCAAAGCACGCCUCAUUGUCAACAUCCUUCCGUCGUUCGUGAAAACCCCACGUGACAUCACAAUCCGGACGGGACACACGGCGCGGCUGGAGUGUGCGGCGCAGGGACAUCCCACGCCGCAGAUCGCGUGGCAGAAAGACGGCGGCACAGACUUCCCGGCGGCCCGAGAGCGGCGCAUGCACGUGAUGCCUGAUGACGACGUGUUCUUCAUCAUGUCUGUGAAGCCCGAGGACAUGGGCGUGUACAGCUGCACCGCCAAGAACACGGCGGGCACGGUGUCGGCCAACGCCACGCUCACGGUCCUCGAGACGCCGCACCUGGCCCAGGAGCUGGAGGACCGCACGGUGGUGGUGGGGGACACGGUGGCGCUGCAGUGUAAGGCCCUGGGCAGCCCCCCGCCCCGCAUCACAUGGUUGCGUAAUGACCAGCCUCUGCGGCCGUCGGAGCGUCACCACUUCACUCCCGGGAAUCAGCUGCUGGUGAUCAGCACCGUGUCGCUGGAGGACGCCGGGCGCUACACCUGCCUCAUGUCCAACAACCUGGGCACAGAGCGCGCUCACAGUCAGCUCCUGGUCACUCAGCGCAGAUCGGCCUGCACCCCCCCCUCAGGGCCCGGCACCGUCACCAUCGGUAUCAUUGUGAUCGCCGUGGUAACCAGCAUCGUCCUGACCUCGCUGGUGUGGGUCUGCAUCAUCUAUCAGACCAGGAAGAAUAGAGAGGAGUGCAGCGUGACCAACACAGAUGAGACCAUAGUUCCUCCAGAUGUGCCCAGCUACUUGUCGUCUCAGGGCACGCUGUCGGAGCGCCAGGACGUGUGCAUCCGAGUGGAGGCAAGAAGUGGUCCUCAGCCGAACGGGCACAUCGACAGCACAGGUUUUGAUUGUGCCGUAAUGUGUUCUGACUGUAUCGAGAACAGCACCAGUUACUCCAAAGACUCGGAGUACCGGAGCCAUGAGUUCAGACCCAUGGGGGGGUCGGAGUACCAUCAGCAGGACACGCCCCCUGCAUACUCCCUCUGUGCCCCACUGGAGCAGGACAGAGAUCUGCACAAAGCUCUGUGUAACGGCGUUCCCAACGGCAUCCCAAAGGACACUCACAACACUUUACCAAAACAACACACUUCCAUCCAUGAUAGAAAAGUGGACAGAACCACACAGGAAGAAGAAUCAUUAUCACAGGACAUUUUCUUCCACAAACCUGUGAAACUGUCUCAUCUUCAAGAUUCCGACUGUGAGCCGGAGCUCAGACAAACUCUUUUGUCCAAUGGACACAUCCUCAGAGGCUCCCAGAGCGACAGCGCACCUUUAGGGAGAGCCAGCGACUAG